AUGAGCACAGCAGAGGAGCUGAUGAGAAUGACCUCUGAUUCAGAUGUUGUUAACAACUAUGUGCAGGACAGAGAGGAGCUCAACCUGAUUCAUCCCGCCAAAAAGCUCCUGCUGUCUCUUCCUGGAUGUGUGUGCCUCAGGGAGUCUCGCUGGCUAUCCAACGCUGUCAGCAGCAGCAGCAGCCCAGCCGGACCGGACCCUCACCCCCUCCUCCAUCACUGCUACUAUCAGCCUUUCUAUCCACAUAGGUUUUAUCGUGCCUGUGUGCAGAGGACGUCGGCGUGCUCCCUGCUGACCGGAGCCCUGCUGGAGGCCACAGCAGCUCUCGGGUCCCGCUCCUCUCUGCCCUGCCCUUUACCCCAGAUCCCCAACUGCCACGCCGUGCUGAAAGAGCGUCAGCUGGCCAACAGUAUGACCAGCAGCGGCUCUCUGCCUCCCAGUGUCAGUGGGAUCAGUAAGGAGCUGGCAGACGUGCGUCACCUUGUUCAGUUCCCCGAGGAGAUCGCCUGCAUCCUCACCGAGCAAGAGCAGCAGCUUUACCAGCGGGUCUUUCCUCUGGACUACCUCUGUUUCCUUACUCGAGACCUAGGCAGUCCCGAGUGUCAAAACAAGCGCCACCCUAACCUCAAGGCCUCACUGUCUGUGCCCGCCAUGCCUACCCAGAGUGCUCAGCGAAGCAAUGCUGUGGAGGACCUGGUGGCACGAUUCAAUGAGGUGAGUUCAUGGGUGACGUGGCUGAUCCUGACUGCUGGCUCCAUGGAGGAGAAGAGAGAAGUUUUCUCCUACCUGGUCCAUGUCGCUAAAUGCUGCUGGAACAUGGGGAACUACAACGGUGUCAUGGAGUUUCUGGCUGGACUCAGGUCCCGCAAAGUGCUGAAGAUGUGGCAGUUUAUGGAUCAGUCAGACAUCGAGACCAUGAGGAGCCUGAAGGACGCCAUGGCUCAGCACGAGUCUUCUGCUGAGUACAAAAAGGUUGUGACCAGAGCCCUCAAUAUCCCAGGAUGCAAGGUGGUGCCAUUCUGUGGGGUUUUUCUGAAGGAGCUGAGUGAAGCGUUGGAUGGGACAGCCAGCAUCAUCAGCCUGAAACCACCUGUGGAUAAUACAGAGGACUCCAUAGAGUUUGUGUCUGACUUCAGCGGCCAGCACAACUUCAUGUCGCGGUCAGGUCCUGAUGGACUACACAUCCCAGAGAAAGAAGCCACUGUCAGCAACAUCCUCCAGAUUAUCAGAUCCUGUAAUCGUAGUUUGGAGGCAGAGGAUCCUGACGAUGCUUCCACCAGUCCUUCGUCUACUGGCCAAUCCCCUACGUCCAGAAACAACUCCUUCAGGGACCGCUGCCGCAAUCAAUUCAUGGUGGGGGAUUUGUCCGAUUCGGAGGGGGACUUGUCGUCUGAGCCGGGGGUGAAGGAGGUGGAGUUUCAGGGGACUGAGGAGACGCACAGAGCCUUCAGCCAUGGCACUGAGCUUAUUCCCUGGUACGUGUUGUCGCUGCAGCCAGACGUCCACCAGUUUCUGCUGCAGGGGGCCACGGUCAUCCACUACGACCAGGAGAGCCACCUCACCGCUCGCUGCCUGCUGCGGCUACAGCCCGACAACACAACACUCACCUGGGGUAAUCCUCAGAGCGGAGGGGCUUCCCCUGCAGAGCAGCCACUGGGAUUAGGACAGUCUGUAGUGGCAGGACUAGCAGAGGGCCUCUUGGACCUGGCAGUUGUGAAGGCAGUGUUCAUGGGUCAUCAGGGAGUGGACGUCCAUGCAGUAUGUUUGCAAAACAAGCUAAGCCAGAUGACGGUGGAGGAAAAUGGCCUCAGCCUCCUUUACGGUCUCAGUACCACCGACAACAGGCUUCUGCACUUUGUGGCCCCCAACCACACUGCAAGGAUGCUCCACAAGGGCCUGACAGAGUUGGUGAAUGCAACCAGAAGAUUAAAGAAGUUUCCUGACCAGAGGUUGCAGUGGCUGAGGAAGCAGUAUGUCAGCAUGUAUCAGGAGGACGGCAGGUACGAAGGCCCUACCCUGGCUCAUGCCAUUGAGCUGUUUGGUGGGCGGAGGUGGAACAUGGGUACAGGCGGAGUGGAAAAACCCAGCGGCCAGAAAAACAGCCCUAAUGAUAAAGCCAAGAAGAAGAAGAAGGUCCUUGUCAGGGGAGACAGUGGGGAUGCCACGGAUGACGAGAUGGUUUCCAGGAAAACACGGAGCUGUAAAGACGGAUUGUAUCGGAAUGGGCCGGAGUCUGACAGCAUCGACCAAGAAGAUCCAGAGGACAGCUUCCCUGGACCAUUCUCCCUCUCAUCCAGUAAAAGCCCUGGAUUGCUUGGAUCUUCUUCUUCCUCUUCCUCGUCUUCCUCCAGUAUGGCGGGGUCCAACCAUUCCCGCCCACAGUCCUCUCCUGUCCUCUCUGGAACUGUCAAGCAACAGCCAGGGGCGUGGACUAGCAGGUCAUGGCACGGUCGUGGUAAAGGCUGUUUUAAAGGCUUCCAGAAUCUCAUGAUUUCUGACAGCACCAUGAGCUUCAUCGAGUUUGUCGAGCUCUUCAAGUCUUUCAGUAUCCGAAGCAGGAAGGAUUUGAAGGAGCUGUUUGACACAUUCGCUGUCCCCUGCAGUCGAUCAACUCCAGAGUCUGCGCCUCUCUACACCAACCUCAGCAUCGACGAUAAAGACACGGGGCUACAGCCAGACCUCGACUUAUUAACCCGCAAUGGCUCUGACCUUGGCCUGUUUAUCCGGACGAGGCAGCAGAUGUCUGACAACCAGAGGCAGAUCUCAGACGCCAUCGCAGCCGCCAGCAUCGUGACCAACGGGACGGGAGUGGAAAAUGCUUCACUGGGCGUCUUGGGAUUGGCUAUCCCUCAGCUCAACGACUUCCUAGUGAACUGUCAGAGAGAGCACUUGAGCUAUGACGAGAUUCUCAGCAUUAUACAGAGAUUUGAGCCCUCGUUGAGCAUGAGACAAAUGGGUUGGAUGUCGUUUGAAGGCUUUGCAAGGUUCCUGAUGGAUAAGGAGAACUGUGCUUCUCGUAUUGAGGAAUCCAUGGUGAACCCAGAGGAGCUGCAGUACCCUCUGUCCUAUUACUACAUCGAGUCUUCUCAUAACACCUAUCUGACCGGACACCAGCUCAAAGGAGAGUCCUCUGUUGAGCUUUACAGUCAGGUGCUGCUUCAAGGCUGUAGGAGUGUCGAGUUGGACUGCUGGGAUGGAGAUGAUGGCAUGCCAGUUAUUUAUCAUGGACACACACUCACCACUAAAAUACCCUUCAAGGAUGUGGUGGAAGCAGUAAACCGGUCUGCAUUUGUCAAUUCGGACAUGCCCGUCAUCCUCUCAAUAGAGAACCACUGCUCCCUUCCACAGCAACGCAAGAUGGCUGAAAUCUUCAAGACGGUGAUUGGGGAACGCCUUGUGACUCGCUUCCUCUUUGAGAGUGAUUUCAACGAUGACCCUCACCUGCCGUCUCCUCUGCAGCUGCGGGGGAGAAUCCUCCUGAAGAACAAGAAGCUCAAAGCACACCAGGCGCCGGUGGACAUACUCAAACAAAAGGCUCACCAGCUGGCCCACAUGCAGGCACAGGCUAGCAACGGGUCACCAGGGGUUACUUCACCUAACAACCACACCAAUGAGGAAGAGGAAGAGGAAGAAGACGAGUACGACUACGACUAUGAGUCUCUAUCAGAUGCUGAUGUCCUCACAGCCUCUACUGCCUCGUAUAGUCUGGAAGGUAAACGCACGGCUCUGAUGCGCCUCUCGAUCAAGCAUCUGCCCCAGGGAGUCAACAUAAUGUACAGAACUGACGGCCAACUCCUCAACAUCAACCGUUUCAGGGCUAAAGGUCAAACCACCACCAUAUCGAUCAUGGAGCUGCAGUAUGCGGACGACAACGCCCUUGUAGCCCUCUCAGAAGAGGACCUACAGGCUGUUAUUGAUGAUGAAAUACACCAUCGCCUCAGCUGUGCCAGUGGGGCUUUCUCAAGGCUAAGGAAGAGAGUCUUUGAGAACCGUGACCUCCAAGCAAAGACCAAAAUCUUGGUCUAUAAAGCUGUGGUGCUCCCCACUCUUCUGUAUGGAUCAGAAGCCUGGACCACAUACAGCAGGCACUUAAAGGCACUUGAGGCAUACCAUCAGAGAUCCCUCCGAAAAAUCCUUAGGAUUAGCUGGGAGGAUCGGCGCACUAACACCAGCGUCCUGGAGGAGGCUGACAUUCCCACCAUCACUGCCACCAUUGCCCAAAACCAGCUCAGAUGGACUGGCCAUAUUAUCCGCAUGCCUGACUCUCGCCUCCCAAAAGAUAACAUAAAAACCAACCUAAGGAAGUGCCACAUAGACCUAAAAGCUUGGGAAGACAUGGCAACAGACAGGGCGACCUGGAGAAACCUUGUCCGUGAGGGUGCUGCACUAUAUAAUGAUGACCUCUGCCAUGCUGCACAAGACAAGCGCAGACUUAGGAAGGAGAGAGCAACCACCAAACAGGUCCAACCCAAACCCUCCACCACUACAUUCCCCUGUCCACACUGCACAAGAAUAAUCGAGGUCCAGAAUCGGCCUCUAUGCCCACCCGAAGACCCACAAGGACCAAGAAGGAGGACAGUCAUACUCGACUACGAGUGA